AUGACGGGCCAGACGGCUGAGAGAGACCGGUCCCCACACAAUCUGUCAGUGAAGACCACCUUGGAGGAGGAGAUCGAGAGAGCCGAGAGUAUUCUCAGCAGGGUGCCAUCUGUGUGUGAUGACACAUCCUCAGAGCUACAAAGAGUCGCUGCUCUCGACCCUCACGGACGCACUUCCGGAAAUUCUUUUCAAAGGAACGGAGCUAUCUCAAGUUUAGUGAACCUGGUGGUGAGACUGAGGGAAUGGGCACACAGGAGCCUGCGGGAGGAGGAGGAGCGUCCAGACUCCUUCCUCGAACGCUUUCGUGGCCCUGAGCUGAGAACCGCCCCCAGCCGCAUCAGCAACACGCAACCAGAUGCCAAUGGCGACAAUGCCAAAGGGAUCUUCAGGAAAAAGUGGGAUUUGUUUGUGGUGUCCCCAUCUGAUAACGCAUACUACCGCUGGUUAUUUGUUAUCGCCAUAGCAGUGCUCUACAACUGGUUCCUUGUUGUAGCGAGGGCAUGCUUUGAGAAGUUACAGGUGGGUAAUUACAUCUGCUGGCUGGUGUUGGACUACCUCUCUGACUUUGUGUACAUAAUGGACACGUGCGUCCGACUUCGUACAGGGUUCCUGGAACAAGGUUUGCUGGUGAAGGACCAUGCCAAGCUUCGAGACAGCUACGUCCGGACGUUACAGUUCAAGCUGGACGUGGUGUCCAUCCUGCCCACUGACUUGGCGUACAUCUCCACCGGCAUCCACACGCCACAGCUCAGGUUUAACCGUCUGCUUCGCUUCCCGCGCAUGUUUGAAUUCUUUGACCGCACUGAGACACGCACCAACUACCCCAAUAUCUUCCGUAUCGGCAACUUGGUGCUUUACAUCCUGGUCAUCAUUCACUGGAACGCCUGCAUCUACUACGCUAUAUCCAACUCUUUGGGAUUUGGCUCGGACACUUGGGUAUUUCCAAACAUCUCCAAACCUGAGUAUUCCUCCUUGACUCGGAGUUACGUCUACUGCCUGUACUGGUCGACUCUUACUCUCACCACUAUUGGAGAGAUGCCUGCACCCGUGCGAGAUGAGGAGUACCUUUUUGUGGUCUUUGACUUUCUUGUCGGGGUGCUGAUCUUUGCUACGAUUGUGGGAAACGUUGGCUCCAUGAUUUCCAACAUGAAUGCCACCCGUGCUGAGUUCCAAGCCCGGAUCGAUGCAAUUAAACACUACAUGCACUUCCGCAAAGUCAGCAAAGAACUGGAGACACGUGUCAUUAAAUGGUUCGACUACCUCUGGACCAACAAGAAAGCAGUAGACGAGAAGGAGGUGCUGAAGAAUUUGCCAAACAAACUACGGGCUGAGAUUGCGAUUAAUGUACACCUGGAGACCCUGAAGAAAGUGCGCAUUUUUCAAGACUGUGAGGCAGGCCUGCUGGUGGAGCUCGUGCUCAAACUACGCCCCCAGGUCUUCAGCCCAGGGGACUACAUCUGCAGAAAAGGGGACAUUGGAAAGGAGAUGUAUAUCAUUAAAGAGGGGAAGCUGGCUGUGGUGGCAGAUGAUGGGGUCACACAGUACGCUCUCCUCACCGCUGGCAGCUGCUUCGGGGAAAUCAGCAUCCUGAACAUAAAAGGUAGUAAAAUGGGAAAUCGUCGGACAGCCAACAUUCGCAGCUUGGGUUACUCCGACCUCUUCUGCCUCUCUAAGGACGACUUGAUGGAGGCAGUGACCGAGUAUCCAAAUGCUAAGACUGUGCUGGAGAAGAGGGGCCGGGAGAUCCUGAUGAAGGAGGGUCUGCUGGAUGAGAACGCAGAGAGCGGCGGGCUGCAUAAAGAGGACACAGAGGAGAAGGUGGAGAGGCUGGAGUCCUCUUUGGACACCCUUCAGACUCGCUUUGCCCGUCUGCUCAGCGAAUACAAACACACUCAGCAACGGCUGAAGCAGCGCAUUACUCUGCUGGAGCGCCAGCUGAAUCAAACAGAUUGCGGUGCAGAUGCCAGCGAUGACAUGGGUGCAGAUGCAGAGACGGUCAAUGAGACAGACCUCGAGCCUGUUGCCCAUACAGAUGGGUCUCCGCAUCGGAGUAAUGUGGAAAUGGAGGACAAAAAGAGCCCAACAAAACACUAA